AUGGCACCCAUCAAGAAACAGAGCGACAAGGUCAAGGUCGUCCUUACUGGCUUCGAGCCCUUUGGAAGACAUUUGACAAACCCGUCCUGGUUGUCUGUCCAGCCGUUGAACAACACCACCCUCGACCUCCCCACCAUCGCCGCUGCCAAACAGAACUCCAAACAUCACAAUGCCACCAAGGCCUACGUCGUCUCCCAGGAGCUGCCUGUCGAGUACCGCAAAGUCCCCGACCUAGUCUCUGCCUUGCACAUCCAACACAGUCGAAGAGUCCCCUCUCUUGCAAGUGGCGAGGACGUAACCGAGGAGCACGAGGAGGAGGACUACCUGAAGACCUAUUACAUCCACGUUGGUGUUGGCCUGGAUGGCUACACUGUCAUUGAAACAAAUGGCCACCGUAUCGGAUACAGCCACCCGGACAAUGCAAAGUGGUCGCCUGAGUCCGCAAAGGAGCCCCCGGUCAAGAAGGAAACUUGGGCUGCGGACCCUGAUUUGCUGACUACCACCGUUGACUCGGCAGCCUUGGCUGAGUACCUGAAGACGGAAAAGGGCUGGAUCUGUAAGCAGAGCUUAGAUGCCGGAAACUACCUUUGCGACUACACCUUUUAUCUGAGCAUGGCAGAGAGACAUCGGAGGGUCGCUGCGGGCGAGGAGGGUGAGGACGAGAGAACGUGCUUGUUUGUGCACCUGCCCUCGGUCGGCAAUCCUUACUCAUUGGAGGAGCUCCAGCGGUUCAUCAAGGAUGUGGUUGUUGCUGUUGUUAGUUUUUAUUAG